AUGAUAUUACACGCAAAUUCGCGAAACUACAGAUGCUUACACGAGCCGUGGGGCGGUGUUCUGACAUACAUUGCUAACGGACUGGGCGCUCAUGUACGCGACGAUCUCUGUUCCCCAGACAUCACAGUCGUUGAACUCGACGACCUCUUCCUUGUGAAUGCAUACAUUCUUCCACACCAGAGCUCGAGGGAUGGCUGGACCAACGCAGAUCCCUGGGAUAAGUUUGAAGAGACAAUGGCUGCUCUCCAGGCGAGCGGAAAGGCUGUCAUUGCGAUGGGUGAUCUCAAUGCGCGUACCGGCAAUGCAGGAGGGGCGCCGACAUCGGUGAGGUCCAGUCCUGAUAAGGACAAGCCUAUUACACCACAAGGUCACUCUCUUCUACGGCUUUGCAGCGACAUUGGUUUGGAAAUCUUGAACGGCAACACUGCUCUGGGGACUCAAAACGCUGCCUACACGUCGUUCCAACCCCAAGGCAACUCAGUGAUCGACUACGGCCUCGCUAACCAGACUGCCCUCCCCAACAUUCGACUCUUCAAUGUCUUACCGCCGGACUUGGCCAUCUCGGACCACGCUGCCAUACGCCUCGAAUACAUCUGCUACACGUCCACCCUGUCAACAUCUUCACAACAACCAAUUCCCUGCCUCCCUCCGCGAAAGCCGCCACGGACCAGGAAGGAGAAGACACGAGAUGAGGUUCUAGCUCAGCUGCCAACUGACACAUCUCUCGAUCGCCUGUUUGUUGACGUGCUACGCUCAAGACUGACCAACGAGCAGAAGUUGGCUAAGCUACUCGGCGACACGGUCGUCUCAUCAGCCCCUCGUCAUGUCUAUGUCGACGGAGCGUGCAAAGGAAACGGGACAGAGAGGGCGGCUGCGGGGUCAGGCAUCUACUGGGGUCCUGGCAACUUACGCAACACCGCGUGCCGCACCCCAGGAGAGCAGACGAACAACCGCGCUGAGAUCUAUGCCAUCUACAGAGCACUCCUUGCAGCUCACCCGAUGAAAACACUCCACAUCUUUUCGGACUCGGUGUACGCGAUGGAGGGUAUAGCCGUCAGAUCGCCGGAAAAUGCAUCCCUCAGCUGGAAGUGCACGAAUGGUGACAUCUUCAGGGAUGUCAUCGCCCUCAUUCGUGCUCGACCGGCUCCAGUGGUACUGAUUCAGGUGAAAGGACAUAGCGGGAAUGGCGGGAACGAUGCGGCAGACAGUCUGGCUCAGAUGGGGUCGGGCGAGCCCGUGGCCACCGAACACACCCACACAUGGCCGCCUGCUUUCGGAGCCAUUGGCACUGUGAUGCCGUACCCAAAUACGAGUGAACCAUCGCCGUCCCCAAAGCUGCAGUAUCUCCCACUGCCUCCGAAACCCGCCGCACUCGCCGUCUGCACGGAUCACACUCCAUCCUUGAACGUUCAUCGAGGCCGGGUGGAACUGCGUCGGAAGCAGCUGGAGCAGCAAAUGAUGAUUGUGGAGGCCAGCACGGAGGCCGAGAUGUGGCGGGCUACAAAGAAAAUCAUGAACCCAGCCCCCAUGUCCUCGGGAUUCUCAGCGGGUGACCUGAAGGCUGUAUUCGAGGUCAGAAUGAACCCCAUCUCCCCCAUCCCUCCAACAUUUGACGCGGAGCGUCUUAAAAUUGAUCAAGAGCUUGCGAAUACCAUCGCAGACAAGACUCGGGAUACCACGGAGGAUCGCAUAUUCGACAGCCCGUUCACGGUCGAGGACAUGGCAGAGGCCAAGCUGCGCUUGAAGGAACACCCACCAACCAGUGCAAAGGGUUACGAUGAGCAGACAUAUGCGGACGUGUGCGCUCUGGAAAACAACCAGCUUUGCAACCUCGUCAAUUGCUGCAUCUCAGAGACGGACGCGCCGUCGGUAUGGCUCCGCACAAUGCUCAUAGGCAUUCCCAAAGGAGGCAAGCCUAAGUCGGACCCAAACAGCUAUCGCACAAUUGGACUAGAGAGCUGCUUCCUGAAGCUGACGACUCUGCUCAUCCAUAUGCGCCUUUCAAAAUGGUGCAAGAGCAGGGGCCUACUACCAGCCUCACAGAACGCUUUCCGAGAGGGCUUCCGAACUAAUGAUAACAUGUUCAUUCUGCGAUGCGCAAUUGAACGAGCACGUCACCAAAAUCGCCCACUGUAUGUUGUCUUCGCCGACCUCAGUAAUGCCUUCCCAUCAACGGAGCAGUCUACGUUGUGGCUGAAAAUGCGAAAGGCAGGAGCGGGAGGAGCAAUCUUUGACUUCCUCCGAAUGCUUUACAGGCGGAUGGUGUAUAUUGUUCGACAUGAGAAUGAAAUGUCAGAUGUUUUUCAUGCUCUGCUUGGUAUUCUGAUUGGGGACACGUCGUCACCGAUUCUCUGGAUAAUCUACCUCUCAGACUUCCGCACUGUCUCAGAUGCCACAAUGGACAUCCUCCUCGCUGGAGUGUUCAUCACAAAUCUUGAGCAGGCAGACGAUGUCGCACUGCUGUCGAUGACUCCUAUGGGAAUUCAACGGAAGAUGGCCGCGUUGUGGAAGUGGUGCCGGACAAACUUCAUGAUCCUGAACGCUAUCAAGUCGUACGCCACCCCAGGGACCUCCAAUUAUUACGUAAAAUGGCUUCGAGGCCCCCUCCGGAGGCCAUCAAACCACCCCCUACCCCCCCUGAUCGGAGGCCAUCCUGGAGGCGCCUUCCUAAUUGGGACGCUGCCUGGCCAUUUGUCCACCACUUGCAUGGUAUGCUAG